AUGGAAGGUGCAGCAAGAGCAUUCUGGAAGUGCAUGGAAGACCAUGAAGUGGACUUGGUGUUUGAGCAGCUGCAGAAGGUGAUCUUGAUCCUGAAGCAGAAGAUCAAGGGUGGGACAGCAACAGAGGAAGAAUGUUUCCGAGCUCUGGCGCUUGUGAGCCAAGCGGAUUUGAAAGAAUCCCUGCCCCUGCCGAAUGAAUGUCUUGUCAAAAGGCCGUGGAGCUCGUUCAAAGGCGGGAACCCCUUGAACCUGCCCCUCCUGUGUUGCUUCCAGAGGAGGCACGCCAAAGGCGACCUCCCCUCCAAGAUGUUGGACGUGGUCUACAAAGCCCCCUGCGGAAGAAGCCUGAGGAAUUUCGAAGAGGUCCAGGAUUACUUGCUUCAGACGGAGUGCUGGUUCCUGUUUCUGGACCACUUUUCUUUCAACACUUAUGUCCAGGUGUUCAGGAACUACCCGAGCCGUAAAGGGCUCGCAUUCGAUUACGACAUCAGCAAAGGGGCGGAGACCACGCCCGUCUCCUUUUGCAAUGAGGUCGACCACGAGCGGCUGCCGUACUUUAAGUAUCGCAAGGCCUCUUGGCCCCGCGGGCUCUUCCUGAACAAUUUCUCAAGUGCCUUCCUCGCCUCGUGCGACUGCCCCGACGGCUGCAGGGACGCGACAAAAUGUGCCUGCCAGAUUCUCUCUCGGAGGAGCUGCACAGAAACUUCUGCAUCUCCGGGAACGGAAUCCUUGCAAGGAUACAAGUAUAAGAGGCUGGAUGGGCCAAUUUCCAGUGGAAUUUACGAAUGCAGCUUGUCCUGCGGUUGCAACAAGAUGACGUGCCAGAACAGAGUCGUCCAGCACGGUCUUCAGGUUCGGCUGCAGGUCUUCAACACCGAGAAGAAGGGCUGGGGAGUGCGUUGCCUCGACGACAUCGACAAAGGGACGUUCGUCUGUACGUACGCAGGCAGGCUGAUGAGCAGAGCUGAAUCUAGACAGGUGGAAGGCGGGGGUCAUGAGGCCAAAGAGGAAAACGUGGAGAGCCGUGACCAAAGCCCUGCGUUACUUUCAAAGAAGAGAAAGGUGGAUUCCGCGUGUUCUGACUCGGAGAUCGAAUUUGUCCAAACCAGUAAAGACGGUUCCGGUGAGAAGCACAAAGCCUUGCCGGAAGAAGCUGAAAAUCAACCUAAUGUCUUGCCCAGUAAACCUGUUGAGCAGGAUGGUGGGAGCGUUAAAAAGCCAUCCAUGGACCUCUUCUGCGCGGACAGUGCACACGAGGGGGAAAACGGGAGCAGCAGACAAGAACUUGCUCAUAAGGAUGCUACAGAAGGCAAGGGGUCUUGCCUGAAACAGUUCAACAGAGAGGAUCUUUGUUUGCUAGAUGCCACCAGGGAAGGCAACGUGGGCAGAUUUCUCAAUGAGUCCAGUGGCACCAUAAAGAUAAUGGCAAAGAUGUUAAGAAGGCAGUGUGCCUUUUGUCCAGAGGAUGAAGAGUGUUCCAUUAUGUAUGUCGCUGAAGGACAGAAUCUUGCAGUUCAUCAAGACUGCUUGUUAUAUUCCUCUGGAUUUGUGGAAUCCGAAGAACAUAAUCCCGAAAACCUUGAUAUAAGGUUUGAUGUGGCCUCUGUGGUGAAUGAACUAAAGAGAGGAAGGAGGCUGAUAUGUAAUUACUGUCGCAAGAAAGGAGCCACUGUUGGAUGCGAGUCGAGAACCUGUCGCAGGAGUUACCAUUAUUUCUGCGCGCUGUGUGACGAUGCUGCAAUAGAAACAGAUGAAGAGCGAGGCAUUUAUCGAGUGUUCUGUCCAAAUCAUGACCCGGUUAGGAAGACCAAUCAUUAUGAUGAAGACAGUAAGAGGGAAAGGUCACCCGUUAUAAUGAACUCUUCGUCUGCUAUGAAAAAAAUGAGAGAAAAGGAGAAGAUUCCAGAGGAUAGCCUACAAGCCUUAAGGAAAAAACAGGAGCGGCAGAAAGUCAGGGUGGAGUUUUUGAGGAAGUGCAAGCAGGCCGGGCUUCUCGACGAAAUCUUUGAGGAGAUGCUGGACACCCUUCACUUGGCUCAGGAAAAGCUGAUGGACGACAACACUCCAGAAGCAGAAUAUGAAGAGACAGUAAUAUCCAUUUUUGACUGUGGCCUGUUCGAAAACAUCCUUUCAAACGCCCAUUCUGGAACAGAGGGGAAAAUUCAGGAACUACUGGAAACACGGAAAAGACUGGAUACCCAGAUAGAGCUUCUAAAAGAUCUGAAAGUGGUACUGCCUGCCCCAGAAGAUGCAUCUAAUUGUAUCUCUGAAUAG